AUGCAGCUCCUGGAAACCGAGCGUGCGAGGAGAGCAGCUUUGAAAUGGCUACUUACACAGCCAAAACACGCGGCGCAAGAAUCCCGCGGAGCGGAGCCGAGCCGAACGCGCUCCCGCAGCCGGGGCAGGGCGAGAGCCCGCGGGCCGCGGCUCCGAGCGCACACCCGCCGCGGAGCAGCCCCUCAGCGCGGCCUCGGGCUCCGCCAGGUCCGGGCUCCGCCGCCCCGGGCGCUGCCCGCGCCCCGCGCCCCCGGCACGGAGCCCGCCGCCCACCUGGCGCGCCCACCCUCCCGGGCCUUGCCUCACCGCUCCGUCCCGUCCGGCGCCCCGCGACGAGGCGCUCUCGGGGGCGAGAGGGCUGAGAGCCGCGCGGCCCCCGGCGCAUGGGAGGCGGUGCGCCCUCGGCCGGGAAUGCCGGAGCCCCGCAGGACCCGAGCAGGUUCCCGGCGGCUCCGGGGCUCAGCCACAGCCUCUCCCCUCGCUCCCUCCCGCCCGCCGCCCGCGCAGGAGCCGCGCGCCGGCUGCUGCCACCUGCCGGCCGCGCCGCGCAGCCCGCGCCCGCUCCCUCCCUCCCGCCUUCCCCCGGCGGGCCGGGAUUCCAGCGGCGAUGUCCAGCGCGGAACUGCGAGGCGGAGGCGCAGGGGCACCGCACCGUCCAGCGCCGCCGCUGCACGGACGUGCGGGGUGUAA